AUGCCGGUGUGUUCCUACUACCUGAAAGGGAUCUGCAGCAACAGCAACUGCCCCUACAGCCACGUCUACGUGUCCAGGAAGGCAGAGGUGUGCCAGGAUUUCCUCAAGGGAUAUUGUCCCAUGGGAGAGAAGUGCAAGAAGAAGCACACGCUGGUUUGUCCCGACUUUGCCAAGAAGGGCGUCUGUCCCAAAGGUGUCCGCUGCAAACUCCUGCACCCCCACAAGAGGCGUCACCCUCAGGAGGUGGCAGGCGAUGGAGACCACCCCAACCCCCCUGCCAAGUGGAGAUGGGCCAAGGAGAAACCGGAGAGGAAGGAUCCAGCUCAGCUCCACGAUGAUGGGGAAAUUCCCGGCCCUUCCGGCGCGGAGCAGGAGGGGAAUUUGCGGAAGGAGGAGGACACCAAGGCGACGAGCUGCCUGCAGAAGCUCCCGUCCUUCAUCUCCCUCCGAUCCCCGGAGUAUCCCGGAUUCCAGGGCUGCAAAGUGGAGAAGGAUGAGGAUGAGCCAGAGGAGAAGCCAGGCACCACUAAAAGGAAGAGGAUUUUGACCCGGGAAUCCUCGGAGGACUCGGAGAACACCCGUGUGGAAGGUGCCAGAGGCAAACGGUUGCAGAUCAAGCCCCGGCUGUGAGGAAUUCCCGAUCCCGGGAAUUCCCGAUCCCGGGACAGCCGACCCGCUCAGGAACCGGAGAGCCGGGCACGACCUGGCACCUACCUCAGGACGCCGUGCCCAGGCACGGCACCCCCUUCUCCUCCCGCUUUUCCAAGGGGACACCAUCUGGACAAGGAGCAGGAUGGGAAUACAUUCGCUCGUUCCCGCCGGGAAUUCCCGCCGGAAGCGGCUCUGUUGGGAAUCUUUUGCGUUGACCAAUAAACCACCCUUUGUCAGUCGGUUUGUUCGGAGGGCAAGUCCUGCCA